GGGACAAAAGUGAAACUGCACAUUCUGAGCCACUUCUCUGAGGAGAGAGCUGGUGCCAUGGGUGUUGGACAGCGGCUGGCCUUUCUGUUGCUGUUGUUGCUACUGCUGAGGGGCCUGGGGCAGCCUGCAUGGCCAGCUACUGUGGCCCUGGCCCUGCGCUGGCUACUGGGAGACCGAACAUGCAUUGUGCUGCUUGGCCUAGCAGUGCUGUUCCAUUCCUGGAUCAGUCCCUGGAUGCCCCACUGGGUAAGCCUGGCAGCUGCAGCCUUCACACUGACCCUGUUACCUCCAAGGCUGCCCCCAGGGCUACGCUGGCUGCCUGCAGACAUGAGCUUCUUGGUCAAGAUCUUCCUCCUGGGCUGGAACAUCAGGGGACGCUUGAGCCAUCAGCCUCCUGACACCUUUGUGGAUGCCUUUGAGCGGCAAGCGCUAGCACAGCCUGGCAAGGUGUCCAUUGUAUGGACAGGGCCUGGGGCCUGCUCUGUCACCUUUGGUGAGCUGGAUGCUCGGGCCUGCCAGGCUGCCUGGGCCCUGAAGGCUGAGCUAGGUGGCCCUGACAGCCUGCGUGCCACAGAGCCUGCUGCCCUCUUGAUGCUGCCUUCCCAAUCGAUUCCUGCUCUGAGUUUGUGGCUGGGACUGGCCAAGUUAGGCUGUCCUGUGGCCUGGAUUAAUCCAAAUAGCCGGGGGAAACCCCUUGUGCACUCUGUGCUGACUUCUGGGGCCCAGGUGCUGGUGGUGGACCCAGACCUCAGAGAGAACCUGGAGGAGGUCCUUCCCGAACUGCAGGCCCAGAAUAUUCGCUGCAUCUAUCUCAGCCAUACUUCCCCCACACCUGGUGUCAGAGCUCUUGGGGCUGCCCUGGAUGCUGCACCCUCUGACCCAGUGCCUGCCCACCUACGUACUGAGAUCACGAGGCGAAGCCCUGCCCUGUUCAUCUACACCUCAGGAACCACUGGGCUCCCAAAGCCAGCCAUCCUCACUCAUGAGCGGGUAGUGCAGAUGAGCAAGAUGUUCUUCUUAUGUGGGGGCACUGCUGAUGAUGUGGCCUACAGUGUCUUGCCUCUGUACCAUGUGAUGGGGCUUGUCGUUGGGGUGCUCAGCUGCUUAGAGCUUGGAGCCACCUGUGUCCUGGCCCCCAAAUUCUCUGCCUCCCGCUUCUGGGAUGAUUGUCGGCAGCAUGGAGUGACAGCAGUCUACUAUGUGGGCGAGGUCCUGCGGUACCUAUGCAAUGUUCCUCAGCGACCAGAAGACAAGACACAUACAGUUCGAAUGGCAAUGGGCAAUGGGCUCAGAGAAGAGGUGUGGGAAGCAUUCCAGCAGCGCUUUGGUCCCAUUCGGAUCUGGGAAUUCUACGGCUCCACAGAGGGCAACAUGGGCUUAGUCAACUAUACCGGACGCUGUGGGGCUGUGGGCAGGACAAACUGCCUCCUUCGACUGCUGUUUCCCUUCGAGCUUGUACAGUUUGAGACAGAGACAGCAGAGCCUCUGAAAGACGAACAGGGCUUCUGCAUCCCUGUGAAGCCAGGGGAGCCAGGUCUCCUGUUGACCCAGGUACUCGGCCACCAUCCCUUCAUGGGGUACCGUGGUCCCCGAGAGCAGACAGAACAGAAACUGGUGCGGGACGUGAGACGCUCAGGCGACGUUUACUUCAACACCGGGGACGUACUGGCCCUAGACCACGAAGGCUUCUUCUACUUCCGUGACCGCCUAGGGGACACUUUCCGGUGGAAAGGUGAGAACGUGUCCACGCGGGAGGUGGAGGGCGUGUUGUCGCUCCUGGACUUCCUGCAGGAAGUGAAUGUCUAUGGCGUGUCUGUUCCAGGGUGUGAGGGUAAGGUGGGCAUGGCUGCCGUGCAGUUGGUCCCCGGUCAGACUUUUGAUGGCCAGAAGCUAUACCAGCAUGUCCGUACCUGGCUCCCUGCCUAUGCUGUCCCCCGCUUCGUCCGUAUCCAGGACACCCUGGAAAUCACGAACACAUUCAAACUGAUGAAGUCCCGCCUGGUUCGUGAGGGCUUUGAUGUAGGGAUCAUCAAUGACCCCCUGUACAUCCUCGACAACCAAGCCCAGGCCUUCCAGCGGCUGACAGCAGACACGUACCAGGCUGUGUGUGAGGGAGCUUGGAAGCUCUGA